AUGCCUGACCACUCUCAGUUCUCUCAUCAUGGCGAGCGCAUUCGGUCUGCGACUGACUCGCCGACCCCGACUGAAUACUCAAUGGGUUUGCGACACAUGUCGCUCGUUUCAUGUGUCAGUAGCGGUUCAGUCAGGGCAUAGCCGGUGGUCGACAAUCAAGCAUGACAAAGCGAAGAACGACAAGGCCAAGAGCAAAGAGCGAGGAAUGUUAACACAAGAGUUGAUUAAUGCAUCGCAGCUAUGGGGACCAGACCCAAAAAAUAACCCUCGUCUCCAACUCGCAAUUGCCAAAGCGAAACAAUCACAGAUGCCCAAAUCAAUAAUAGACAACGCAAUUGCUCGUGGCCAAGGCGUCACAGCAUCAGGACAAGCCCUCGAGGCAGUCACGAUUGAAGCCAUGUUACCCGGAACAGUUGCGGCCGUCAUUGAGUGCAUGGCCGAGAAUAAAGCUCGAAUUCUACAGGACGUACGAUUCACAAUCAAGGACAAUGGAGGUUCUGUGACUCCGACUACAUAUCUUUUCGAGAAGAAAGGGAGGAUUGUGUUCGAGAACAAAGAAGGAACAAAUCCAGACGAUUAUCUGGAUCAGGCAAUCGAAGCCGGCGCAACAGAUAUAGACACAGAUGCUGAAGGAAGACUGGUUGUGUAUACGGAGCCAACGGCGACCAAAUCUGUGGGAGAAGCACUUUCGCAAGCGACAGGUCUAGUUAUUGCGCAAUCACAGAUUAUUUGGGAUCCGAAUAAAGACACAAUGGUCAAAGUGGAAGAUCCGGAGCAACUCAAUCAGCUUGACGAGGUUUUGGCUGCGUUGCGGGAAGAAUCCAGCGUGCAGGAUAUUUUCCUAAAUACAACAAUCUGAACCAACCUUGGCCCAUUCGUCUACAGGCUGUUAAGAGCAAGCCCGGGAGUUUCUUCUUCUCAAGUGAAGGAGAAAACGUGUACUAUUACAUAUAACUGGCAUCAUUUACGCGACCUGCAUUGACUGCAACAUUGUACAUAACUGAGCAUCCGGGAUAGAUAAGAUAUAUUUCAAUCAUCUUUCCGGAACUCUUUCAUAGUACUUCUCAUCAACUUCCCAAUACCAUCACUGCCCAUGCUGUCAAACCAUUCCAACAUCUUCACCCUAUAUUCUUGCCAGGUCAGCUUCAAUCCGCCUUCCUUUUCAAGCGUCUUCAAUGCAUUUUGCGUGACAGGUUUUCGCAACCUGAACUCUUCCCGGCCGGUUUCAGUACUCUGCUCCUCAAGAACAGCGAAACAUGCUGCCGAAUGGUUCGCCAAAGCAACAUGAUGACUAAGAGAAAACAUCAAUCCAAGCAACCGUGAGCGUUCUGAUCUUCGCGAUUUAGUGCACGGUUUCGCCAAACGAGGUUGCACAGGUCCAUGAUAUAGCCAUUAUAAAGACCGAUCAUUUCAGGGGGAUAGAAUUCUCCAGUGGACUUGUCCGGUGACCGCAAUGUUUGAGAUGUUAAUGAAGUUUCAAAUGAGUUCUUGUAUGUAGCGAGGAUACUACAUAGGCGUGAUAUUUGAGCGAGAUUAGAUGUGAAUGUCAGACUGUAUAUCACGGGUGGUAGGGGUACUGUCAGGCGGAUAUUGCCAUUAGUCGAGGCAUGGGAGUAAAGCUCCGCUAAAUUUGAGUACAGAUCGAGAAUACUCAUUAUCACGGGUUUGGAAUCACCCACAUUCCUAGCCUCCGUGGUAAAUGGUACCUCCAUAAGCGACAGUAGGAGGAACUCGACAUGCGUGAUUAGAGACACCAGUAGCCUGAGGUUUCCACUAGUGAAUGAGGAAUCUUGUGUCCUGAGACUUAUUCCCCAUCGCCGAAUCAAGUUUGCAUAGAAGUCAAGAAGGUCUGUCCUUGAUGAUGCUGUAUGAUCUAAAACGGUGGUAUCUAGUCGCUCCAGGUACUGGCUCCGAAUGUCAUCAUACG